AUGGCGGCUGCCCCUGGAUCUCCCUGGUGGCUGCCAGCGGUGACAAGCUCCGGCCUGAUCUGGUUAGUUGGAUUGCCAACAGCACGAUGGGAAAGACCAUCACCUUGUGGAAUACUCCUAAGGCGGUCUCAUCUUAUGCUCCAGAAUGUGAAACUAUGGCAGAAGUCCAGGUCACAAACAGAUUCCUGA